CGACGCUCGUUGGGAGUUUAGACAAGCGGAGGGAGGAAAAUGGCGGACGAAGAUAUUACGCUUGAUGGGAAACCUCUACAAUCGCUGCGAGUGGCGGAUUUAAAAGCCGCUCUGGAGCAAAGAAACCUCCCGAAGAGCGGGCAGAAAAAUACUCUCCUCAAGCGGCUGAAAGGGGCUCUGAUGCUUGAAAAUCUUCAGAAGUCUUCCUCCUCUCACAGUGGGUUGCAGCCCAACUCUCAGAUCGGUGAGGAGAUGAGCCAGAAUAGCUUCAUAAAACAGUACCUGGCCAAGCAGCAGGAGCUCCUCCGCCAGAGACUGGAGAGAGAAGCUCAACAAGAGGAGGAGGCAGAAGAAAGCCCAGCAGUGGUGGAGGAGGAUGAAGACCACUCGGAGGACAAUGACUGCUCUUCCUAUGUCUCUGACAAGAAGCAUCCCAAAAUCCCCACUAAGCCCUCGAUGACCAGGGCAGAGGAGGGCAAAGGAGGAGGGGAACCACUGAUGGGUCAUGUGAUGAUGGCAUGUGGCCCCACCUCUGGCCCCGGCCCCGUCCUUCACCCCCAGGAGUUCAGUGAGGCUCCUGCAGUAAGGAUGCAGCGAGGCACCUUUCAUCAAGGACAUAAGGAACCACCGGCCCCAUCUCCUCCCCGCGCUGUAGCCUCGCUGUCGGUGCGCGUCCUGGGUCAGCCUGACCGCCAGGGUCUGCCCCCCGCGGUACCCCGAGCCCAGGAGAAGGAGGGCACCGCACCGAGUGAGCCCGGAUCCGCUCACCCUGUGCUGCACCUUAGCCGUUCUGCCGGAGUGUCAGGAGGAGGGGGAGGAGGAGGAGGAGGUCAGGCCCCCGAGGACAGUGAUGAUGACGAUGACGACGGUGAUGACGAGAGCGAGGAUGACGAGGAUUGGGGACCCGGCCCCGGCGGGGCGCGCAGGGGGAACCGAGCACCUCCUCAGCCGCAGCAGAUACCUCCGAGCGCCCCAUCAACAGUUGCGAGAUCCAAACGCAAGCUUCAGCCUCCCCAGCACAUCCCACCUCCACAGAGCCCACCAGACACAGACGACCAGGAGGGAGAAGCCCCCGAGGCGUCAUGUGGCCCGAGGGUGCCGCCCUUCCCACCUUCCACCAUGCAGAGGCAAGACUCUGACUCCAGCUCUCGCUCCAGCAGUCCCGAGCCCUCUAUAAAUCGCAGGCCAGGGCCCCUUUCUCUGCUAGUACACAAGAUGGAGUCAGAGGGGGCUUUUUGUGGAGCAGAGGCUUCCUCCGCUGUAGAUAUGUCUGGGCAGGCCGCACACUCCACCGCUGGCUCCGCCACUUCCAGUGAAUCUUCACUGCUUAGAAUGGAGAGAAAGAGGCUCCAAGAGAACAGAGAAGUGGAGGAAGAAAGGCGUCUGAAGGAGGAGAAAGAGAGAGAGCAACACCAGAAGCAGGAGAGAGAAAGGAAGAGGGUCCAAGAACAGGAGAGAGAGAAGAAACGCUUGGAAGAAGAGAAGGAAAAGGAGAGGAAACGGCUGGAAGAGGAGGAGAAAGAGCGUCAGAAAGAGGAGCGAGAGAAAGAGAGAAAACGCCAGCAAGAGGAAAAGGAAAAGGAGAGAAAACAACAGCAAGAGGAAAAGGAAAAGGAGAGAAAACAACAGCAAGAGGAUAAAGAAAAAGCGAAACAAAAACAGCAAGAGGAGAAGAGAAGGGAGGAGAAGCUUCUAAGGGAGAAGGAAAAGAAACAGGAGACGGCCAGCAAAGGAAAGGUGGCCGUGACCGAGGCCCAAGACCCGGGUUCCUCCUCAGAUUCUGACUCCAAAUCAGACUCUUCUUCCCAAUCGUCUUCUUCCUCCUGUGAGGAUAAAAUCAUCCCUGUCAAAAAGCUGAAGAAGACAGAGCAUGAUGCAGAGGAUGAGAAAAACCCUAACCGGAGCAAGGCGGGGAAACAAUUUCUUUCAAAAAGGGAGGUGUCGGAGCCCAGCGCCGCAGCAGCGCCGGAGGCGGAACCGGACUCCGAGAGCUCCAACGCCCAGCAGCCGCCCUCCGGGGCGGACCGGAAGAACAGCGAGGGUCGUCUGGAGGAGAGCACCACUCCGAAGGCCUUCGCUGCCCGCAAGAUAUCCUUGACCAGCAGCAAGACGUCUCCAGCCGCGGCGGAUUGUGCAGCAGGCGAGACGGACGCAGGAACUGCGGCGGGGAGGAAGAGGCGGUGGGGCUCCAGCACAGCAGUCACCGCUAAGAAGCCAUCCAUCAGCAUCACCACUGACUCACUGAAGUCUCUGAUCCCGGACAUCAAAGUGAACCAGGAUGUGGUGGUGGAGCUGAACCCGGAGGAGCUGCAGAUGUCCGGGGACGAGGAGGGCAUGGACACCAGCCGGGGCGACCAGGACAAAGGCCUCAAGAUCCGACGCACCGUCACACAGGUCGUCUCUGGUGACAGCCAAGAAAACGGACAGGCGAACGAGGAGGAGGAGGAGGAGAGGAAGAGGAGUGGUGGACAUACGGAGAAAGAAGACUACUCGCUAGAACUCUCAGAGACAAGCGGAAAGGACAGCAUUUGA